CUCGGUUAAAUGCCCAGACAUUAGCAUUAUCAUAUUUUCACACUGUUAAUAAAUGCUGGCUGGCAUUAUCGAGCGUUUUUAAGACCAUUUAGUUGGAUAAAAACAAUUUUGAAAGACGCCGUAACGCGCAAGCGUAGCGCAUAUAAAAUUAGGUAUGACAAAGUUAACGAUAUUAGUGUCAAUCGAAAUCGAUAUAUGAGCAACAUCUGGUCCAAUCGCUCAUCGCUAUUGGUCAGCAGUGCUGCAAAACACCACAAAUACAUGUCAAGACUUGUCCGCUGCGUUGUUGUGAAAUCAUUUGAAAAAAUUGUUAUUGGACUUUAUUUUACCAUUCGCAUUCGUUAAAAAAAUGGCUUCUCCCAACCAAAAUGAACUCCCGAAUAUCGAUGCCAUUGUGGACAAAACUGCAGAGGCCAAGCCAUCAAGUACAGAGCAGGAGACUGCGAAAAGGAAGCUGUCGACAGAAGGCGCCAAAGAUGACGAUGAAACUGACAAUGAAGGAAGCCCAAGGAAGCGCAUAAAGUCCGAGGACGACACAAAAGUCAAAGAUGAGCCCAGCGAUGAUGAGGAAAUGCCUAUGCCUGUACCUUUAAAAACAGAGCCCGAGCCCAGCGCGCCUAACGCUGUCAAGAUAAAAGCCGAGCCAGUGGACGGGGAUGAUGGAGUGCCAGCAGCUGCCAGUACAAGUGGCUGUCCUGUAACAGUAGCACCUGCAGAUAGUGGAAACACCCCCGCAGCGGUAGUGGUAAAAACGGAGCCUGACACCAGCAACGGGCAAUCGACAAAUGAUGCACCAGUUGUGUCCUCCAGCACCACUCGCAUUUCAUGCCGUUUCGGCAUUCGCUGUUACAGACGUAAUCCAGCGCAUCGCAAUGCUGAAGCUCAUCCGGGAGAUACGGACUAUACGCGGCCCAACUUUCCGACACCACCGCUCGGUACACCGCCCUGUCCCUUUGGAAACUUAUGCUACCGUCGCAAUCCAGUGCACUUUCAGCAGCUGGCACAUCCUCCAGAUUUUAAUUCCGCUCAGAACAUACGGAAUCGUUUGCGUCAACGCCAGACACAGGUGCGGCAGGCGGGAACGACCGGCGAUAGCGACGAAGAAGAUGAGGAUGAUCCAUUCGGAGGAGAUAAUGACGAUGAUCUCGAAUAUAAGCCAGGCGCAGACCAAGACGUAGAUGAUGACGACGAGGAGGAUGAGCUGGAGUUUGAUAGCCAGCGCAUCAAUGAUGACGUUUACGAUUAGGAGGGCCUGGGUCUGGCCUAAUUAAUGUAUUGAUAGCUGUACAUACAAAAUGUUAUAGUACAUUAUAGCGCUUAGCCGUUGGAUAAUAAUAAUGUUAACUCUAUAGAUUAAAUUGAU